AUGACCGUCCGGGAGCAGGCUGCAUACAUCAACACAGAUGUGCUCGAAAACACCACAUUCUACGCCAUACCAGAAAUGGCCGUCACCGUCACCAAUGCGCCAACGAGUUUCGACGAAGUGACGACUUUCAAAUGGACUGAAUAUGAUAUGAGAGCGCGAGGCUCAGGACUCUCUUCAAACUUUAUUCAGUCGCCGACCGCCGCAGCCAUGCAGACCAUGGCGAAUCCGACGCUAGCCAUGCCCACCGGAAGUCCCUUCGACUCAUUCUUUGUCAUGUUCCUAGACAUGGGCCCUGCAAAUAUUCUUGGAGGCGUAAAUGCCGUGGGAAGGAGACAGAACUCUGGAGGGGUAUGUACACUGACAGUUUCCAAGCAAUAUGUCUCCGGUAACGGUACCGUCACGAAUGACUGCCUCACGGCACCUCUCUACACCAUUACGGAAGGCGUCCUCAUUGCGACGGUGAACAACGUGAAUUACACAUAUUCCACCAAUCCUGGCCUGCCCUACUCACCAUUCGUUCCAAGUCAGACGCCAGGCCCAAUUACCACCCGAUUCUCAAUCGGCUCCAGCGGAGCUUUAGCGUGGUGGAACGACGCUUUCUGGAACGGCCAAGCGCAAUUCUGCGCUGUAAGCAAUGGCUCAGUCUAUGCGGUCUUUCAGCAGGAUGCGCAGCCAGCAGGCUGCAGCUUUGUGUCUUUGAGCUUGUUUACACCAUCACCGGUCCUACCGGGCCCACUGGACGUAAGAUACCGUGUUGUGGUUUAUCCUGACGGCUACGGGACCGACUGGACGUACGUCAGCUCCGAAUGGCUGGCGACGGGUCCCACCGGACAAUCGGGAGCUGUUGGUGGUAAGAAUUGCAGUAUUGUCAAUGGGAAUGGCUAUCUUGCUGACGCAUCUCUAAGCAACCGGCCAAAUACUAACAUGAUGGGACAAACGGGAGUAAGAGGCCACUACUUCAGGCGCCGCGCACUGCUUGCUGACAUGUUCUUCAGCCAACUGGGCUCUUUGUCGAAUCAUCUAACCCUCGUGAACAGCCACUGGAAGGACUGGUGCUACCGGACUUUAACUGACUUCUCUCAAGCCGACUGGACCGACAGGGCCGACGGGGCGUUAGUUGUCUUCCUUGGCAGUUAUUUACUUCGUUCUAUACUGAUACUUAUAAGAAACCAUUUUGGGUACUACCUCAAGCUUACUGACAUAGUUUUCAGAGUACCGGACCGACAGGGCCAACAGGGCGUCAUAAGAAACCAUUUUAGGCACUAUCUCAAGCUUACUGACAUAGUUUUCAGAGUACCGGACCGACAGGGCCAACAGGGCGCGCCACGGGCGACAGGCUUCUGGACAAGUAGGCGCAACAGGGUAAGCAUCCACGAUACUAAUUUGCUACCAAAAGGGCUUUUUGCUGACGAUCUGUGCAGAAGCGUCGGCCCUUCUGGACGUAAGUUGGCAUUUUGGCCAAAGAUAGCGAGCGGCGCAAGCGGCGCAAGCGGACAAGUAGGAGCCACGGGCUUGACUGACAUGGCUUUGCAGUUCCGUUGGGCCCACUGGACGGACUGGAUCGGUCGGCGUAUGUCUCCAGCCCCAAUAUAUCGAUUUAUCUCCGAGCUAACUAUACUUCCAGCCUUCUGGUCCUUCAGGCGUAAGCAGACACACGAGCCGAUACUUCAAGUUGGAUAUUGA